AUGGCCGCCACAGGGAGGAAUGCCGCCGGCCGCGCGCAGUUGAAGCAGCUGCGACAGCAUGUGACUGUGGGCGUGGUUGGCGGAUCCGAUCUGGUGAAGAUCACCGAGCAGCUCGGCAAAACUGGUGACGAACAUAGGCGCUCAAUCAUUGCACUGAUGAUGAACUCUGCAACGUUGGAAGUCCUGGGAGUUGAGAAGACUGCUUCACAACAAGAAAUAAAGAAGACAUAUCACAAAUUAGCUCUUCGCCUCCACCCAGAAUGUUUUUUUACAGAAGCCAAAGAGAAGUUUCAGCAACUGCAGAAGGUUAUAUCCAUUCUUGGAGAUUCUGAGAAGAGAGCUUUAUAUGAUCAGACUGGCAUCACUGAUGAUGAUGUGCGCAUCUCUUUUGUAGCACUCCAGUUCUACCUUUGA